UGAAUUUAAGGACUUCUCACUGAAGUGGACAAAGAAAUUUUGUCACUUUGACAGAGCAAGGGCAAACCAAAUUGGCAGACAAGUUACCUGAAGAAAAGGGAGAUGGAUGCAGAGGCUGAAGAUAAAACACUGCGUACCCGCUCUAAAGGAACCAAGGUGCCAAUAGAUUCUCUAAUUCAGGAGCUCAGGGUAUCACCUUCAAAGGUAGCAUCUUCGCUAUGCCUUCCAGAAGCCAUUGUAUCACUCUAUCAGGCCAGCAAUUUCUGCGAUGUAUGUGCUGCGUAUGAUUGCUCCAUGGCGAAGAAGAGGAGAGCUGCAGAGCAGGCUUUGGGUGUCCCAGUCAACAAGAGAAAAUCCCUGCUAAUGAAGCCCCGACACUACAGCCCAAACCUGGACUGCAGAGAAUGUGAUGACAGGACCGAGGCAGAGGAGGAAGACGGCCUCCCGGAAGCCAGCGAUCGCACUGCCACAGAAGAAAUCGUGAUAAAACCUAUGGAUGAAAACCGUCAUUCGACUACACAAGAAAAUUCCAAUGGGAAGGAAGACAGAUAUGGCUGCUAUCAAGAGCUUGUGGUCAAAUCUUUAAUGCACUUGGGGAAAUUUGAAAAAAAUGUGUCUGUUCAGACCAUAAGUGAGAAUUUAAAUGACAGUGGCAUCCAGUCUCUAAAAGCAGAGAGUGAUGAAGCUGAUGAGUGCUUUAUGAUUCAUUCUGAUGAUGGAAAAGAAAAGAUCGAUGAUUCCCAGCUUCAGUUCUCCUCCUCAGAUGACAGUGAAAGUAACUCUGAAAGUGCAGAGAAUGGUUGGGACAGUGGCUCCAACUUCUCAGAAGAAACCAAACCACACAGGGUCCCAAAGUAUAUUCUAGUGGAUAAUAGAAAAGACCUAUUGGAAGUUCCUGAAAUAAAAACUGAAGGUGACAAGUUUAUCUCUUGUGAAAAUAUGUGUGAUUCUGAAACAGAAAGGAGAGACCCACAGAAUGCUCCUAGAGAACCCCUGGACAGCAAAGCCCAGCCCUCAUUCACUGGGAUGGAGGAAGAUGAUAACGAGUGUCUGGCCGCCAUGACAGAAGAGUCUGUUGACCUGGAGAAGGCGAAGGGGAACUUGAGUUUGCUGGAGCAGGCGAUUGCUCUCCAAGCUGAGCGAGGUUGUGUUUUCCAUAACACCUACAAAGAGUUGGACAGGUUUCUACUGGAACACCUUGCUGGGGAAAGGAGACAAACCAAAGUUAUUGACAUGGGUGGAAGACAAAUCUUUAACAAUAAACAUUCACCGAGGCCUGAAAAGAGGGAGACCAAGUGCCCUAUCCCCGGGUGCGAUGGCACGGGACACGUGACAGGACUCUACCCCCACCACCGCAGCCUUUCGGGGUGCCCCCACAAAGUGCGGGUUCCCCUGGAAAUUCUUGCCAUGCAUGAAAACGUGCUCAAGUGUCCCACCCCAGGAUGCACCGGAAGAGGGCAUGUGAACAGCAACCGCAAUACCCACAGGAGUCUUUCUGGUUGUCCAAUUGCUGCAGCUGAAAAAUUGGCAAUGUCCCAGGACAAAAAUCAGCUUGAUUCACCCAAAACCGGGCAGUGUCCUGACCAGGUUCACAGGACAAGCUUGGUGAAACAAAUUGAAUUCAAUUUCCGAUCACAAGCCAUCUCCUCUCCCAGAGCCACAGUGUCAAAAGAACAAGAGAAGUUUGGAAAAGUACCAUUCGAUUAUGCCAGUUUUGAUGCCCAGGUUUUUGGUAAACGUCCCCUCAUGCAAACAGGUCAAGGACGAAAAACACCACCAUUUCCUGAAUCAAAGCAUUUUUCAAAUCCAGGGAAAUUUCCUAAUCGACUGCCUAGUGCAGGCGCCCACACACAGAGCCCUUGCCGUGCCAGCUCUUAUAGCUACGGUCAAUGUAGUGAAGACACCCACAUAGCAGCAGCUGCUGCCAUCCUGAACCUUUCCACCCGCUGCAGGGAAGCUGCAGACAUCCUCUCCAACAAACCACAGAGUCUGCAUGCCAAGGGAGCCGAGAUAGAAGUGGAUGAAAAUGGCACAUUGGACUUAAGCCUGAAAAAAAAUCGAAUCCUGGACAAAGCUGCACCCUUAACUUCCUCUAACACUUCUAUUCCAACUCCUUCCUCUUCCCCAUUCAAAACAAGCAGCAUUUUGGUCAAUGCAGCAUUCUAUCAGGCUUUCUGUGAUCAAGAGGGCUGGGAUACUCCUAUCAACUAUAGCAAAACUCAUGGGAAGACAGAGGAGGAGAAAGAGAAAGACCCAGUGAGCUCUCUAGAAAAUUUAGAGGAAAAAAAGUUUCCUGGAGAGGCCUCCGUUCCAAGCCCUAAACCCAAGCUCCAUGCAAGAGAUCUCAAAAAAGAACUAAUCACCUGUCCGACACCAGGAUGUGAUGGAAGUGGCCAUGUCACAGGAAACUAUGCUUCCCAUCGCAGUGUUUCUGGAUGUCCUUUAGCAGAUAAGACUCUUAAAUCCCUCAUGGCUGCUAACUCUCAGGAGCUUAAGUGUCCAACCCCGGGUUGUGAUGGUUCAGGGCACGUGACUGGAAACUAUGCUUCACACAGAAGUUUGUCCGGCUGCCCUCGUGCCAGGAAAGGUAGUGUCAAAAUGACUCCUACAAAGGACGAAAAAGAAGACCCUGAACUCAAAUGUCCUGUGAUAGGGUGUGACGGCCAAGGUCACAUAUCAGGUAAAUACACGUCCCACCGCACAGCUUCUGGCUGUCCCCUGGCUGCCAAGAGACAGAAGGAGAAUCCUCUCAAUGGGGGCCCCCUCUCCUGGAAACUGAACAAACAAGAGCUACCACACUGUCCCUUGCCAGGCUGCAAUGGGCUGGGCCAUGUAAAUAAUGUUUUUGUCACCCACAGAAGCUUAUCCGGAUGUCCUCUAAACGCACAAGCCAUCAAAAAGGGCAAGGUCUCGGAAGAACUAAUGACCAUCAAGCUCAAAGCAACUGGUGGUUUAGAGAGUGAUGAAGAAAUUAGGCAUUUGGAUGAAGAAAUAAAGGAAUUGAAUGAAUCCAACCUUAAAAUUGAAGCAGAUAUGAUGAAACUUCAGACGCAGAUCACAUCUAUGGAGAGCAACCUAAAGACAAUAGAGGAGGAGAACAAGCUCAUAGAGCAGAACAACGAGAGUCUGCUGAAGGAGCUGGCGGGCCUGAGUCAAGCUCUCAUCUCAAGCCUUGCGGACAUUCAGCUUCCACAGAUGGGGCCUAUCAGUGAGCAGAAUUUUGAAGCAUAUGUAAAUACACUCACAGACAUGUACAGCAAUCUGGAACGGGACUAUUCCCCGGAAUGCAAAGCUCUGCUGGAAAGUAUCAAACAGGCAGUGAAGGGCAUCCAUGUGUAGGACCACAGCGCUGCCAGGCAACAGAAAUUACAAACAGCAGUAACACAGACGGAUCUGGAAGGGACUCCUGUGCUGCUAAGGCACAUAGGUUGCCGUACUGCAUUUACAAUUGCAACAUUGCACUAAUUUUCCCCCCCAGCUGACAUAAAAAGGAAAGAAAAACUAUGAUAGACUCUGGAUUAAAAGCGAUGCAGUCAAAUAUCAGAUCUUAUUUAUUUUCAUAUGUUUUAAUUUUAUUUCUUCAUUGCACUCUUUUGGAUUUUUUUUUUUGUAAAGUAUAUG